AAAAGAGGGCUCGGUAAAACUAUUGUGAGAUAACCUCACUGUACCCGACCAGGAGCAAAUAGAACGUGUAAAGAAAGGAAAGCGAGAGCAGCUAGCGUGACGCUGAAAGGCGAAGAGCUUCCAUCACCUAGUAAAGACAUAUUUAAAUUGAAAAUCCCGGCGAUGGAGAAACUGAACGACUUUUACUGGUCCAUAAUGACGUUCGUCGUCAUUAGCGUUACAAUUUUCACAAUUCGUCUCCUUUACGUUCUGUAUUUAACUGGAAAACCUAGCCGCACCAAAUCCUCGCAACAGCCACUCUCAACGCUCGUUAUUUUAGGUUCAGGCGGACACACGGCGGAGAUGAUGAAUCUCUUAUCGGUUCUGCAAAUGGACAGGUUUGCACCGCGCUUUUACAUUGCUGCUGCCACUGAUAAUAUGAGUCUUCAAAAGGCACGCGUUUUCGAGGAUGCUUUGGUUCGUAAGAAAGGAAUCAAGGGACCCUCUGCACAGUUCAUGCAGAUCUACAGAAGCAGGGAAGUUGGUCAAUCGUAUAUAACCUCUGUUUGGACAACUUUACUUGCAAUUGCUCAUGCACUUUGGCUAAUGAUUAGAAUCAGACCACAAGUGGUUAUUUGCAAUGGACCUGGGACUUGUAUUCCUCUAUGCAUGAUUGCAUUUUUCUUUAAAGUCAUUGGAAUUAGAUGGUCAUCUGUUUUCUAUGUUGAGAGUAUCGCAAGAGUGAGAAGGCUUUCUUUAAGUGGCUUGCUUCUGUACAAGUUACACAUAGCUGAUCAGUUCUUUGUGCAGUGGCCACAAUUGCAGAAAAAGUACCCUCGAGCUCAUUAUGUUGGCUGUCUUAUGUAACAUUUCUUCAAGUUUUUGCUGUGCAAUCUACAUUUUUUAAGUUAUUACAAUUGCUCUGUAGUUCAUUCAAAAUCAAGUUGUAUACAAAUUAUUAUUACUACCGAGAUCCACAAGCUUCUUGGAGUUCUCACCAAAGUGGACCGGGUAGAGCCAGUUUACUGGUGUAUGUUAUUUGCGUAUAUAAGGUGACACCCCUUAUUUUGAUACAA